AUGGCUAGAAAACCUGGAUUAGCACCAAAGAAAAUUCCAUUACAAAAAUUAAAUAGUACAAAUACAAAUUUUUCAAAUAGACAAAAACAAUUACAAAGAGCUGAAAAAGAAGCUGAACAUAAAAAGAAAUUAGAAGAAAUCCCAGAAGAUAAUACAUCUCAUAUGUUUUUUUCAUACAAUGAAGCAUUAGCACCACCAUAUCAUAUUAUUAUCGAUACCAAUUUUAUAAAUUUUUCAAUUUCACAUAAAUUAGAUAUAGUUCAAGCAUUAAUGGAUUGUUUAUAUGCAAAAUGUAUACCUUAUAUUUCGGAUUGUGUAGCUGCAGAAAUUGAAAGAUUAGGAACUAAAUUCAAAGUAGCAUUAAAAGUUACUAAAGAUCCAAGAUUUCAAAGAUUACAAUGUUCACAUAAAGGUACAUAUGCUGAUGAUUGUAUAAUAAAUAGAGUUACAAUGCAUAGAAUGUUUAUGGUUGCUACAUGUGAUGCUGAUUUAAGAAGACGUAUUCGUAAAAUACCUGGUGUUCCUAUUAUUUAUUUAAAGGGAAAAAGAUAUACAGUUGAAAGAAUGCCAGAGUUAUUAUAG